AUGGCUUGUAUAGAUUUUGUGUUUAAGGUUUCCGGUUUGACUAUGUUGUUCAUCGUCGGCACAACAAGUCUCCCGACCACUGUACCAAAAGUAUUUGACGUUCAAAGAUAUGGUGCGAAAGGUGACGGUAAAACGGAUAACACUAAUGCGUUCACGAAUACAUGGGAAGAUGCAUGCACAUGGAAUGGACCAAGCAAAAUGUACAUACCGAAUGGAAGAUUCUAUCUUGGUGCUGUAUCGUUUGCAGGUCCAUGCACAGCUGGUUCCAUUUCAUUUGUCAUCGACGGGACUUUGUUGGCUCCUCCGAACAACAAUGACAUCAAAAAGGAAACAUGGAUCAACUUCCGUUACAUCGAGUAUCUCACGGUUUCUGGCAGCGGCACCCUCGACGGUCAAGGACAAAUGUCUUGGUCACUAAAUGACUGUCGCAAGAAUGAGUUUUGUCCCAAACUUGCUAUUAACAUGGGGUUUGAUUUCGUAAAGAAAUCAAGACUGGAAGGGAUAACAUCACUCAACAGCAAAGCGGGACAUUUUAAUUUCUUCAGCGUUGAUCACUUCAACAUCACAGGAGUCAAUAUAAAAGCUCCCGGCGAUAGCCCCAACACUGACGGGAUCAAAAUAGCUUUAUCAAGCAACAUACGAAUCUCAAACACUAACAUAAGCACCGGAGACGAUUGUAUCGCAAUGCUCUCUGGAAACAACAAUUUUGAUAUCUAUAACGUCACGUGUGGUCCAGGACAUGGGAUCAGCAUUGGGAGCUUGGGAAAGAAUAAAGACGAGAAGAACGUCAAUGGCUUAACGGUUAGGGAUACUGUUUUUAUUGGUACGACGGACGGUAUUCGAAUCAAGACAUGGGAAUCUUCGGUUUCUACGAUCCUAGUCCUUUCAUAUUCACACCUAGUUUCCAAUUUUGUUUAUGAGAAUUUGCAGAUGAUUGAUGUUGGAACCCCGAUUAACAUUGAUCAGAAGUAUUGUCCUUACCCACCCUGCAAGAAUAUGGGAGAUUCUCACAUUCAGAUCCAAAACGUGACAUUAAAAAAUAUUUGGGGAACGUCAAAGAACAAAGUGGCUGUGAAAUUUCAAUGUAGCAAAAGUUUUCCUUGCAAAGAUGUUAAGUUAAUUGACAUUAACUUGAAGCACAAUGGAGUUGACGGUCCAGCGAUUACGUUGUGUGAGAACAUUAAAGGUUCUGCUACAGGCAAGAUGGUUCCUUCGCAUUGUAUGAACUGA